AUUUUCCCGUCACUUUCAACGCAUGUGAUGAAACAUUGAAAAGUGUUGCUUAUCGCAAUGAUGAGCUAAUGAAAUACAUACACGUAUAUCCAACACUUACAUUCACAUUUGGAGAAUUGUCACCUGAGUUGACAGGAGGGCUGAGGACGCCAUGGAGUCCAUGGACUGUGACAGCGACCCAGAUGUCACCUCUCCACAUUCCCCAAUGCAGCACUCAGGCUGGGAAUCUUGUCAGAGAGCUGUCUCCUACAUCAGCACCAUCACUGCUUUUAGGAGGAGCCCUGUUUCUUCUAACACUCAGCCAAACAACCCCCUAGUCCCUCAACCCGUUGCCAUGGUAACUCAAGACAAAUUUGAGGACCAGUUCCAGUCAAACUUACAAACUCCAGAAUCAAGAUGGAGUAAAUGCAGGAAUGUCUUUUCUGCUAUGAAUUCAUUCUCUGGAUUCCGUGCACAGCAGGUGCUAUCUCCAAAGGAGAGUGAAAAGAGCAUGGAAGGUUUUUCAGAUGGGGAGGAUGAUAGACAGGUUACCAUGGUAACUAACUCUAUUCCUAGGUUCCAAGACAUUGCUCAGAACAUGAAUCCAUGUUCAUCAGGGAACAUGUCAGGAUCAGUGGCUUCCUUUUUGGGGGGGUUGAUCUCAAAAGCAUCUACAGAUAAUUCAGAACCUGGUAUGAAUAUUGGAUUAAUUGAUCAUGAUACAAUUUUGGGAAAUGGAGAAAAUAAAAAGGAAACAUAUUACUCGGAAAGUCUCAUACUGUCUAAACGACACAGCAUGCCUUUCUGCUCACCGGCACGAUCAAGUCCAAAACGGUUGUCUCUGGAACCAAAGAGUGAUAGAAAGGGCAAACACACUUCACUGCCUCCGCCAAAAAUGCCAAGACUCUCAGAAAACGUCCAAAAAGCUCACAGUGCCAGUCCCCUUCGUUCUCUAUGCAAACCUUCCACUGCCAAGCUAAGAAAAACAACCCAUCACACACCCCACACUACAUCAGAUCCUUCAUCUAAAAGUCAUAAAGUGACAUUGAAGUCCUUCCUAGUGUUCAACAUCUUUGUUGGCGUUUGUCUUUCAUUGUACACUUUAAAAGUGAUUCAGUCAACUUGCUCAACCUUUGCCAACUUUGAUGUCAAUGACCUCAAGACAGAUUUGAGGUCAAAUGUGUAUGGACAGCAUCUUGCAACAGAGAUCAUACCUGACCUCAUUGACAGAUAUUUGAAAGAAGUUCACCAAAGAUCAGCACCGAAACCUCUUGUGAUAUCCAUUCAUGGAUGGACUGGCGUUGGAAAGAAUUAUGUCAGUAAAAUUGUGUCUGAUUUCUUUUCGUACACAACAGUAAACAAGCUAUUAGUUCCACUUCAUUUUGCUCACGGCUCCCAAGACGAUGUUUAUGCUCAACAAAUUCCAGAAUGGAUUGAAACAAACAUCACUCGAUGUUACGUUAAUUUUGUGAUAUUUGAUGAAAUGGACAAAGCAUCGAAUGGUGUUCUCCAAGGAUUGAAUGAAUCUGUCAACAGGAUUGUCAAUCAAAAUGCUACUGACACACCUGUGAUAUUUCUCUUACUCAGCAAUUCCAAAGGGGCUGAAAUUAACAAGCAUGUAUUUCAAUUGCUGUCAGCUGGUCGUCACAGACAUGACAUUGCUAUUGAUGACUUUUCUCAGGUGUUUCAUACAAAGAAGCCACUCUGGUACACAGAAUUUGUUCCACAGAAAGUGAUAGAUGUCUUAGUCCCUUUCUUGCCGUUAGAAAAGCAACAUACUGUGCAAUGUAUUAAAAGGGACAUAGUUAAAAAAGGUCUGAAUGUGGACAGAAAGGCUGUAGUCGAUGUUGUUCAAGAAAUGUCAUUUUUCAAGCUGAAUUCAGGGAAAGAAUUCUCUCAUACUGGUUGCAAACGUGUGUCUGACAAAGUCGAUUUAAUUUACAGUGCCUUUGACGAAAAUUAAUUAACUUUAACUAGACUCAGGCUUUAGACUACAUUUACUAGAAGCGCAGAGGCCUGUUAAGAUCCUGGUUAGAAUUGGACUUCAGCAACCCAUGCUUGAUGUCAGAGGCGACUAACGGGAUUGGGUGGUAAGGCUUGCUGACUUGGUUGAUGCAUGUCAUCAUAUCCCAAUUGC